GUGCCGUAAAUUGCCGAAAGCUUUGAAAGAAUGGCAAGCUUAUGAAGAUUUGCGGAAGACUAUUGAUGACUUCAAUGAAACCUGCCCCCUGUUAGAAAUGAUGGCUAACAAAGCAAUGCAGCAGCGUCACUGGGAGAGAAUCACCCAGGUCACCGGUCACACAUUUGAUGUUGAAUCUGAGGGAUUUCUCCUUAGGGAUUUAAUGAAAGCUCCUCUACUGCAGUACAAGGAGGAUAUUGAAGACAUUUGCAUCUCUGCUGUCAAAGAGAAAGACAUAGAAGCCAAGCUGAAGCAAGUGAUCAAUGACUGGAGCAGCCAGACUUUCCAGUUUGCUAACUUCAAAGCUAGAGGGGAGCUGCUACUGAAAGGUGAUUCUACAUCAGAGAUAAUUGCCAUGAUGGAGGACAGCUUGAUGGUGCUUGGAGCCUUGCUGAGUAAUAGGUACAAUGUGCCAUUCAAGGCCAAGAUUCAAGAAUGGGUUCAAAAGUUGACAGGAACUACAGAAAUCAUGGAGAACUGGCUGGUUGUACAGAACCUGUGGAUCUACCUGGAGGCAGUCUUUGUAGGGGGUGACAUUGCUAAACAGCUGCCACAGGAAGCUAAAAGAUUCAGCAACAUUGACAAGUCCUGGCAGAAAAUCAUGCAGCGAGCUCAUGAGAACUCCAAUGUUGUAUCCUGCUGUGUGGGAGAUGACACUCUGAGCCAGCUGUUACCUCACCUGUGGAGCAGCUGGAGAUCUGCCAGAAGUCCCUCACUGGCUACCUGGAGAAGAAACGGCUGCUGUUCCCCAGGUUCUUCUUUGUGUCUGAUCCUGCCCUGCUGGAGAUUCUGGGUCAGGCCAGCGACUCACACACUAUCCAG